GACCAUCAUAAACAACUCCGCGAAAGUGGCUUAGAUUGGCUACGGCAACUGUAUAGUGUACAGUUAAGUUGUAUUUCCUUGUAAAAUUACUUUACAUGGAUGGGUAGGAUUUAUUUUAGGCUGCUUUAUUGAAUCACACCAUGAUACGUUUAUAAUGCCAGGACACUGUGAUAGGUCAGUUUACGCUCGUUCUAGUCUUUAACUUUCCAACAGGGUACCUGUUAGCGUCAAUACAGUUAUGGCCAAACAUGCGAUGCUGUCAUCGGGGGCAAAAAUAUGGAGAUCUCUGGCCUGCACAAAGUCAGAGCUGCGGCUGGAUCUCACCCUCGCCUGUGGACAAUCUUUCCGCUGGAGAGAAACCGCAGAGGGCCAUUGGACCGGAGUGAUGGGAGGACGAGUGUGGACUCUGACCCAGACAGAAGACACCCUGUGGUACCACGUUUAUAAAAACCAAGAAGGGCAGAAAUGGGGAAGCGACAGGAAGAGGAGAGCUGGUAUUUCUCUCCAGGAGGAAAACAAGUCAGAGAAGAGAUUCAAAGGGGCUUUGAAGAUAGAAGAGGAUGAGAUAGUGGCUGAGACUUCAGUGCAGGACACUGAUGAGGAAAAAGAGAUGCUGAGAGAUUACUUCCAGCUGAAUGUGGAGUUGGGAGAGCUGUACAGAGAAUGGAGAGCAGCAGAUCCCCACUUCAAGAAAAUUGCAGAUAUCUUCACAGGUGUGCGAAUGCUGCGCCAGGACCCCACUGAAUGCUUGUUUUCCUUCAUUUGCACCUCCAACAACCACAUCUCUCGUAUCCAGGGCAUGGUGGAGAGACUGUGUCAGGCUCUGGGUGCCCCACUGUGCCAGCUGGAUCAAACCUCUUACUAUGACUUUCCUUCCCUAACUGCACUUGCAGACAGCAGCGUAGAGGCAUGUCUCAGGGAUCGCGGUUUUGGAUACAGGGCUCGGUUCCUGCAGCAAAGUGCGAAGCAGAUUCUUGACAGCCAUGGGCUCCAGUGGCUUGACGGUCUGCGCAGUGUCCCAUAUCUGCAGGCCCGUGAUGCUCUGCGCACCCUCCCUGGUGUGGGCACCAAGGUGGCAGACUGUGCCUGUCUGAUGUCCCUGGAUAAGGCAGAGGCCGUGCCCGUUGACACACAUGUGUGGCAGAUUGCUAAGCGUGACUACAAAUAUGCUGCUGGCAACGGACAGAAGAGCAUCACAGAUAAACUUCACAGAGAUAUUGGUGAUUUUUUCAGAAAGCUGUGGGGUCCUUAUGCUGGUUGGGCACAGUCGGUGUUGUUCUGUGCUGACCUCAAGAAAUUCCAAAAGCUAAAAGAAAUACCACUGAUGCAGCCAAAGAAAGAGGAAGAAGACAGAGAUGAAGAAGAAACAAGGAUAGCAUGCAAGAAAACUAAAAUGAAGGUGGAAGAAAAUCAAGCUGUGAAGCACAUGAAAACUAAGUCGGCAUGCCACAAGAAAGCAAAGAUGACUGUCAAGAAAGAGAAGGUGGUAUGAGGUAAACAAGCUUCUCACAUCAGGAUUCAGACCAGGUUACAAUAACAGACUUCUUUUUAAUUCAGCUUCAUUUGAAAACCCACUGAAAUGAAAAAUAUAGUAGAUUUAUUUGUGAGAUAAAACUGAUUACUGUAAAAACAAUUCUCAGGUGUUUUGUUUACAUGUAUUUUUACAUUGUACUGUAACGUCUCCUUCUGUAAUGUCUACUUCCACAUGAGUUCGCUAUUACACACUGUUGUUUUUUACAAUAAAAACAAUAGUCUUU